GCUAUAAUGCUUGGGCCCCGAGCUCUCCAAAUGAUCUCCGUGGAGAGUCCGAGUUCUGGUCCUUGAGACAUUCUGAAUCCAGGGAGGAACACGGGCCUCCUGGCUCCGGCUGCCACCCACUUUGCUCCCAGACAGGACGCGGGAGGGCGGGUCCAGCCUGCGCAGGCCCCGCCCCAGCCCCCUGAGGGCGGAGCUUCCUUCUCACCGCCAGACUUGAGUUGAGACCCUUGGAUCCUUAGCCCGGCGGGACUGAGUCUAGGCCUCUCUGUGUUGUGUGUGCUCUGUGCUUGUUCCGAGCUGUCAAGUUCCCUGCAUCCAGACAGCAACUACAGACAUCUCUGAGAAAGGGGGUGAUGGCAGCUUCCUGUGUUCUCCUGCACACUGGGCAGAAGAUGCCCCUGAUAGGCCUGGGCACCUGGAAGAGUGAGCCUGGCCAGGUAAAAGCAGCCAUUAAAUAUGCCCUUAGUGUAGGCUAUCGCCACAUUGACUGUGCUACUGUCUACGGCAAUGAGACUGAGAUUGGAGAGGCCCUGAAGGAGAAUGUGGGACCAGGCAAGGCAGUGCCUCGAGAGGAGCUGUUUGUGACAUCCAAGCUUUGGAACACCAAGCACCACCCUGAGGAUGUGGAGGAUGCCCUUCGGAAGACAUUGGCUGACCUCCAGCUGGAGUAUUUGGACCUAUACCUGAUUCACUGGCCUUAUGCCUUUGAGCGGGGAGACAAUUUAUUCCCCAAGAAUGAUGAUGGGACUAUCCGCUAUGACUCCAUCCACUAUAAGGAGACCUGGAAGGCUUUGGAGGCACUGGUGGCAAAGGGGCUGGUGAGAGCACUGGGCCUAUCCAACUUCAACAGUCGGCAGAUCGAUGAUGUACUCAGUGUGGCCUCUGUGCGCCCAGCUGUCUUGCAGGUGGAAUGCCACCCAUACUUGGCUCAGAGUGAACUCAUUGCCCACUGUCAAGCACGUGGCCUGGAGGUAACUGCUUAUAGCCCUUUGGGUUCCUCUGAUCGUGCUUGGCGACAUCCUGAUGAGCCUGUCCUGCUUGAGGAACCAGUGGUCCUGGCACUGGCUGAAAAGUAUGGCCGAUCUCCAGCUCAGAUCUUGCUCAGGUGGCAGGUCCAGCGGAAAGUGAUCUGCAUCCCCAAAAGUGUCACUCCUUCUCGCAUCCUUCAGAACAUCCAGGUGUUUGACUUCACCUUUAUCCCAGAAGAGAUGAAGCAGCUAGACGCCCUGAACAAAAACUGGAGAUAUAUUGUGCCCAUGAUUACAGUGGAUGGGAAUAGGGUCCCAAGAGAUGCAGGACACCCUUUGUACCCCUUUAAUGACCCAUACUGAGACUACAGCUUCUUGAAUUCUCUUCCAGCUCUCCACCUCCUAGAAAGAGGGAAUCAAUAAAAGCCAUUGGAACAUACAUA